CAUCUUUACAAAAAUACGUAACGGAUGUAGUCGCCUUAGAGAACCAAAUCAAAUAUCUGAAUGAUUGUGCCGAGAUUAAUGAUAAACGUGAUUUCGUUGCUGCUCGAAGAAUACAGGCUUGGUAUCGUGGAAUUAUUACUAGAAAUCAUAUAAGAAAUCUUAACAUCAUGGCGUUAAUAAUUCAACGCAAUUGGCGAGGAUAUCGAUGCAGAAUUUAUGCAAAGAACUACUUAAUACAAAGAGUUAAUGAAAUGUGGAUUCUUCAUUAUAACCGCUCAGCAGUGUUGAUUCAGGCAAUCUGGCGAGGCUACUGGACGAGAAAAAAUCACUUGAACAUGCGAAAAGUUAAAGAAUGGUGUCAAACUGUGAAAGACAAAAACGGUGAAAUUUUACAAUCCAUGAGAAAUUUCAGACAAUCAAAGAUAACAAAUAUUGAAAACACGAAAGAACAGGAAUCAUUUCUUUGGAUUCUAUUUAUUUUGUUUAAAUUGCAUCAUUUACUGAGGACAAAGCGUAUUCCUGGAGUAUUAACGAAACUUGAUAGUACUCAGUUCACUCUUAUUGAAAAAAUGAUUCGAUGCUUCGAAUACAAAUUAUCUUCAACAAAAAAUAUAUCUUAAUGAUCAAUCAAUACUGAAAUAGUCUCAUCUGAAAAGGUACCCUUCUAAAGUCACUUCCAUGAUAAAUUAUUGGCCAGAUAUGGACAUGUUUGUUGAAAGCAGUUCACCACUCACGAUUGCAUUAUUAUGUCUGGCAAAAGCAAUCAAUUACAUGAUCAAUGCAAAAAAGAUCAAGAAUAUUUUAAUAAGGAUGCAAAGUCAUUGGGAUAUUUUAAGCGGCACAUCAGAGGCUGAAAUUUUAAAAAAUUAUGCAAACAAUAGUAGGAAUAUGACAUUACUUUAUACAAGAUUCCUGUACACUGGGCUAUCAAUUUUUAUGGCGAUACCAACUCUUCAGUCGAUUGUGGAAUAUGUCUUACCGGGGCACAAUCAAACAUACCCUUUAUUAUUUCCAGUUGAUAACAUCAUUAACGUGGAAAAAUAUCAUACUAUUAUCUUAGUGCAUUCAUAUUUUAGCACAUUUUACUUUAUAACAAUUUUGAUAGCUGUCGAUACAAUGUUUAUAAGUCACGUAACUCAUGGAUGUGCGAUUUUUACUGUGCUAGGAAAUCAACUAAGAAAUUUAUCGCCGGAAAGUAUUCAAGAUGUUGAGGAAUUCCGUUUUGAUUCAGACGACAGGGUUCAUAUCAAUAUUAUGCGUUAUAUUCAGAACCACGUGGAAGCAUUACAUUUUGCAGAACUCUUGGAAUCUGCCUACUCGACAACUUUUCUUUUCCAAAUGGGAAUUAACAUUCUCUCGCUGAGUGUAACAGGAGUGCAGAUUGUAAUGAAUUUAGAUAAUCCCGAUCAAGUAAUGAGAUGUUUGUCAAGUGGCCUAAAUCAAAUAUUGCAUUUGUAUAUGAAUAGCUUACCAUGUCAACGUUUAAUGGACCACAGUACCAGCAUUCGAGAAGCCAUAUAUUCCUCAAAAUGGUACAAUUUAUCAUUAAAAUCAAGACCACUGCUGAAUGUUAUUCUAAUGAGAGCCUAUAUUCCUUCCCAAAUAACUGCAGGCAAAUUAUAUGUAAUGUCCAUGGAAAAUUUUGGUGCUGUACUGAAGACUUCUAUGUCUUACUUUACUGUCUUGUCAUCUGUCCGAUAAGGUAAAAAAAAUGAAAUAAGAAAAGAAACUGUUUAAAAUUUGAGAAAAAGAUAUUUUACCU